AUGGGAGGAGUCUGUACAGCAUGCAUCAGAGACUAUAAACUGGCAGGCGAAUUCAAAGAGCUCGACAUAGAAUCCGUCAAGAAAAACCUGAGCUCCCGCAAAACACUGCCGUAUGUAAUAAAAAUCCAAGCCGCUUGAAGAGGCUACUCUUUACGAAAAUCUUUAAUCCAAGAAUCUUCCGAUCUUAUGAACGAAUUUUCCCGUAAAGCUGAGUCUAUGCUUGAGCCUUUUAAUUAUGGCUCCCAACAAACAGAAAAUGUAACCAAAAAGCCGCCAGUCAAGCUUCCUGACUGUUCUAUCUACAUUGGGGAGUGAAAUUUAUCCCUCAGCCAGCGAGAAGGCCGAGGAAUUCACUAUACAAAAAACGGCGCAAAAUAUGAAGGCUACUGAAAAGACGACAAACCCAACGGCUAUGGAAGGCUAAUUCAUAGCGAUGGAGAUGUUUAUGAAGGUGAAUGGCUUAAUAAUAAAGCCCAUGGAAAAGGAGUUUAUAUGCAUUUAGAUGGAGCAAAAUAUGAUGGAAAUUGAAAAAACGACAAACAGGAUGGAAAUGGCAUCGAAAUGUGGCCUGAUGGCGCGAAAUAUGAAGGAGAGUACAGAGAAGGAAAUAAACAAGGCCAUGGAAAAUUUUUUUGGGCUGAUGGGUCGAGAUAUGAAGGGGAGUUUUGGAAAAAUAAUAUACAUGGAGUAGGGACUUACCAUUGGCCUGAUGGAAAAAGCUAUGCGGGGAUGUGGAAGGACAAUAAAAUGAAUGGGGAAGGAAAAUUUACAUGGCCUGAUGGGAAGGUGUUUCAUGGGGUGUAUAAAGACGAUAAGAAAGAUGGCCCAGGAGUUUUGGAGUGGGCAGAUGGGAGGAAGUUUUAUGGGAAAUGGAAAGAUGGGAGGCUUGAAGAGUCAGGAACUAUGGUUUUGCCCACAGGCGAAAAGAAAGAAGGAGUAUGGAUGAACGGCAAGUCUUUAUAA